AUGCCCUUCCCUCUCGCGUUACUGCCCACGAUCCCUGAUAAUCUCGACAAAUUAAAAGCUCGCAACGCCCUUCUUUACCACAAUACGUUCAUGAAGAACGCGUUAAUACGCAGCUUAAACGUCCUGUACGAUGUGGCACCCAAAGUGACGACUGGUUCGCACUCUGGGUUCCAACCUUUUAUGGAAUACGUCGACACCGUCUGCGACAUGCUGAUCUUGCACAUCAAAGGCGACGAAGAGUUCUUCAAGACCCUUGCUCAGCAGUGCAAGUCCUUCCGCUGGUCGGCCAACAAGGCUACAGUAACUGUGGUUGACUCGUUGAACGCCUUGCGUCGAUCUGUUAGCGGCUGGAAGAAGGACCCGAAGAUGUUCGCUAGCGCCCGCCUCUUGGCUAUAAUAACCAGCAUGGAAGGUGUCCUGCGCGAAGUAUUGCACAAGCAGGUCGCGAAAUUCAGAAGCGAGGCGCUGCCCCAAACUGUUUCCGACGACCAGUUAGCUAGCAUGAUCAAAGAUAAUAUGAUCUGGUUGGCGAGCAACAGCGACGUUACCAUCCUGCUUCCCUUCUGCAUGUCCCACCAUGACCCGAAGACCUCGAAGCACUGGCCGCCUGUUUCUGAGGAGGCAAUCAAGGCUAUGCCAGGACUCGUCAAUACUCAUCCAACCAUCUGGAAGUUGGCGCCCUUCGACCCCAUCACGAAGCAAGGCAAGAAGCCGACUCUCUGA